AUGAUACGGCUCUGGGAAAAGGAGAAAUCGCACAUCGAGCUUGACCCGAACCAAGAGGGCCGGCCCAUGAUCUCGAACUACAAGCUUCUCGUCUCUGCAAUCCCACGGCCUGUGAGCUUCGUCAGCACGCUCGCGCAGGACGGCACGCCGAACCUCGCACCGUUCAGUUACUUCCAAGUCGUCGACCAUGACCCAGUCAUUCUUGUGAUCGGCUUUUCCGCACGACCUGACAGGCCUAAGGAUACACGGAAGAACCUGGAAGAGACAGGCGAGUGUGUUAUCAAUAUCUUGUCCGAGCAUUUCGUCGAGGCCGCCAACGCCACAUCGCUCGACGUCCCAUACAAGACCUCGGAAUGGGGGCUGUCCGGCCUGACGCCCAAGGACUCGGCGACUGUCCCGCCCGAAACGAGUCCAGGAGGCCGUUUUCUCCAUCGAAGGAACGCUUCUCGAGAUGAAAAGCCUUGA